AGGAAAGAGAACAGUGUUCGGUAAGGAUGUUCUUGAUCCAGCGAGUUUAUAAAAUACGUUAAUUUUCCAACAUUUUCCUUUCGGUUGUGUCCACACCAUUGUCAACUAUGUUCAAUUAACAUCUUUUCCAACUUUCUCUUUUAACGCAAGUUUCGACAAUUCCUAUUUAAUAAUGGGCUUCAUAAUGAUAUUUUCUGGACCACAAUCACUUCGAUGAUAAUGUUCUUCGCAUCUAAUGAGUGUUAUCGGUUUCCGGAACGCGCCAUCAGGAUUCCAGCGACGUCUCCACGGAGGUCUAAUGAACGUGAGAAACCGCGUUCCACAAAUUUCUGGCAACUUUGCUGUCUGGGGCGGUCUUUUCUCCGCCAUCGAGUGCACGUUGAUCCAUUGGCGUCACAAGGAGGAUCCAUGGAACUCUAUAUUGAGCGGAGCACUCACGGGAGGUGUUCUCGCCUCGAGAACCGGAAUCACAUCGAUGAUUGGAAGCGCCACUGUCGGCGGCAUUUUCCUGGCUUUGGUCGAAGGAUUUGGAAUAAUAGCAACGAGACUUCACGCAGAUUCUUUCGCUCAACACACACGCUUGUACGAAAUGGAGAAUCUUCCGGACCUCAUUGAACUUCCGCCGAACGCAAGAUUAGGCUUCAGCGGCGCGCCAAUCAGCGAUGUACCAAUUCAGGCGAAUAGUAAUAACGUGGAGGUUGAUGUGAUUGCGGGUAGAUGAAGAAGACUUUUUUUUCAGUUUUUGUACGUAUUUUGUUUUCUAAGAGUGUUUUUUUAGAGCUGGUUUCGGGGUAUAGCGAUCAGUUUUUGUAUCUACAUUUUGUGAAAGAAAUUCCUUGUAAUCUUGGAAGCGUUCACAGUGGCGAGGAACGUUUGAUUUGGGUUUUAAUAUGAGAAACUUUGUGAUGAAGCGAAGAAAGGAGUUAUGUGAGAAGCGAUUUAUGUACUUGUGAUGUGAAUAUCUCGUUCUCUUUGUGGAAUACGAGAUAUCUACCUAUUUAUUUGUAACUAGAUUUUUAUCUUAAUUAUUGAAAGAACUGUAUAUUUUAUAUAAAUUAUGUUGAA